AUGAGAAGUCAUCAAGCAUCGUCACGGCUAUCAGCCGGAUCAAGUCUCGCCUUAUUAGUAUUUCUCGUCUUCGCCCUGUUGACGUUCGGCGCAUCAGCCAGCACAAAUUCUGAGGGCAGCAAAGCACAAGACGGAGCAAAGAGUGAUUUGAUAUGUCACACAGAGAAUCCUGCCGAAUGCUACCCGAGAGUAUUCGAGCCGACGGACGAGUUUCAAACGGUUCAUGAGGACCAGGAGAUACCGCCAGGGCUUCACGUCAGGCUGGACGUGAACACGGGGAAGAGGGAGGCAAAGAUCAACGACCCGAACGAGGAUAACCCUGCCCUUGAGGGCCUACCGGUGGGCUCGUCAGUAGUGGUCAUCGACCAGCAGGAAGACUCAGAGGCUGGAAGCAAACCACAGAUCCCGAAGGGCGCGCCUCAAUAUGAGUCGGUUGGAAAGAUCAAGGAGCCAAUAGAGGAGAAGCAGUCUUUCCGUGACUCCUUGACGGUGCUCAAGACUCUUGCCCUGAACGACCGGCCGAUCGGCGCAGCUUUGGACAUCCUGGACGACAUCUCCCACGACAUCUAUUACGGCCUCAAGAUCGCCGAGGACACGGGCGCGGUCAAGGAGCUGCUGUGUAUGAUGAGCUCCCAGGAUGUAUUCUCAAAGGGCAGAGAGGAUGACGUGGUCAAGCAGGCUGGCCUCGCGGCCUCAAUCGUUGGCUCUUCGCUUCAGAACAACCACAAGGCGCUCCAAGAGGUUGAGAACGCAUGGGACGACAUUAGCAAGACAAAAUGUGCCGGGACAGGCCGGGACCUCAGCAAAGCGGUCUUCAACAUGCUGACCCCAGAUGCCCUUGCCGCUGAGGCCGUUUCUGGAGCCGAGGGCAGUCUUUUGAGCCUCACAAAGGCCAAGACGGCAGCGCUGAGGGGCUUGAUCAAGAGCCCCAUCAUCCGGGACGACUUCCUCGCGAACGGUGGCAUGGCGCAGAUUCUGGAGGUCCUUUCUAUCGAGAGGCCAGAACUAGUUCCCGCAAAGCAGAAGCUCGCAAACCUGGUGCUGGACAACUUCCUGGACGAGAGCAUGGGCGCGACUUUGGGUGUCUGGCCCAGGCCUGGAGAGGUGGACCACGACUGGGACUACAAGCUAAAGACGCUCGCGAAGCUCCACAAGGCGGAUAAGGAUCACUGGAGCGCAGAACUGUGGAAGAGGCUACAGGAACAGAGGAAGGCCGAGCGGGCGCAGGCUGGGAAGGAGCGCACAAGCAUCUGGCGAGCGUUCGAGGUCUGGUUCAAGGCUAGUGACCUCGGCGACUUGACUCUCUGGUCCAUCACAGUGUGCCUUCACGACGCCUUCAGCACACGGCUGUCCGAACUGGCUGAAGGCUGA